GAGACCCCGAACGGAAAGCGCUGGGAUUGGUUGCUGCUGGUAAUUGUUUUAAACAAGACUCUAUUGUGAUUGGCUAGACAGAGUCAAGCCUGGGCAAGGCUGCUGGUAAAAGGGGGUUCAACAAAGUGGUUGCCCAGGCAACGGAGAGACGCACAACAAGGGAGUAGCCUUCUAUUUGGGGCGCCUAGGCUGUGAUCGGAGCACUGACCAAGAACCUGGGAUCCAACUCAGGCCUUCUUCUACAUUUAGCAAGCAUUCUACCCUUGAGCUACACUCCUAGCUAUAUUUGAAUAUGGAAUCAGAAAAUGCAGAAGCUGAGAAGAUGGAAACAAGAAAUUUGGAAGCAAAACGCGGGGAAGCUAAAAGUGUGCAAUUUGAGAUGCUAUCCUCUGCCUCAGCGCUACAAGCACUCUCCAGUCUCCUGAAUCCUGAAGAAGAGGAUGAUUUUGAUUUUGAACAGGGACAAUGCACAUCUACUAUUAGGGCCAUGGGCCCUGGGAAUAUUGGACCGCCUAAAGCAAAAGAGUCCAAAGCCAUUCCUGAACCCAGGAGUGAUGAAAGUGAGAACAUCUGGAAUCCAGAAGAGGUUCCGGAAGGAGCAGAGCAUGAUGAUAUAUGGGAUGUUCGAGAAAUCCCAGAUUAUGAGAUUGUAUUCCAACAAACUGUGGGAACUGAGGAUGUAUACCUAGGAUUGACAGGAAAGGAUCCUUCAACAGCAUGCUGCCAGGAGCUGGUGGUGAAAAUUAAACUGCCCAAUACAAACCCAUCUGAAAUUCAAAUUGACAUCCAAGAAAUGCGCCUUGAUCUUCGCACUCCUAAAAAGAAGCUGUUAGUAACCUUUCCCCAGCCCGUGGAACCCAACAGUGCUAAAGCAUCCUAUAUCUGGGAAGCUGAAACACUUGAAGUCAGGAUGGCCCUCCAAAGGGAUUUGGAUUUUAAUAUUUCCUGAAACUGCAUGAAUAAGAAGAGAUAGAAAGAAUUCAUGACAAGGAGAAUAUUUUUUUAACCUUUGAAUACUGACUGGUUGUUUAUGUUCUCUUUUUUUCCCUGACAUAUUUUAGAAAGGUUCAGAUUUUUAGUGGUGUUUUGAUCAUAUACAGUCGAAUCUAUUACUGUUAGGAUAUAUGGUUGUUUCAUACAAAACGGUGCUGUUCCAUUUUUAUUGUGAGAGCUGAAUAAAAUAUUUUCAGGUUAACCAUCUAGAUUACUACAUGGUCAAUUGCACAGCAGAGCUAUGAUCAUAAAAUAAGUGAUUCACUUAAAUCAGCAGUCUGAAGCUCUUCAGCUAAUUAAUUACACUACUAUACAAUCUGCUACAGAGGGAUUUGUCAUUAUUAUCACCAGAAAAAUUCAUUUGCUUGCUUUUUCAUUGAUUUUAUCAAAUGAUUUAGGAUGUUUUCAAUCUAGGUCCUCAAUAUUGUUCUGGAACAUAGGAGUAAAAAAGAACUAUAAAUAAUUUGCUGUGUCUUGUGAGACUCAUGUUUAUUUGAAAAAGUAAUAUUUAUAGAUAUAUUUGUAGAUUCACUUUUCUCUCAUUUUUAUCUUCCUAAUUGGACAUUCUUAUUUUUAUAAAUUAUCGCAGAGUUCCUUGCAUUUUCUGUACUAUUGAAUGAGUUUAUUUCAUUAUUGUUUAUUAAAAAGUUAUGUUUUAUCAUUGUUGUAACUUGACAUCAUUGUAUAACUGUGAGAUUGGGAGUAAAUUUUUUUAUUA